AUGGGUUUUAUCAGCACGAUAUUGGGGUUUUGCGGAUUUGGAGUUGGGGUUUCUUCUGGAAUCGUGGUUGGAUAUUACCUGUUCAUAUAUUUCCAGCCCAGCGAUGUUAAGGACCCAGAUAUUCGCCCUUUGGCUGAGCAAGACUCUAAAAGUUUGCAGCAAUUGCUUCCUGAAAUACCUUUCUGGGUGAAGAAUCCAGAUUAUGAUCGUAUGGACUGGCUCAACAAGUUUCUGGCGAUUAUGUGGCCUUACCUCGACAAGGCAAUUUGCAAGACUGCUAAAAACAUUGCUACUCCUAUUAUUGAUGAGCAAAUACCCAAAUAUAAAAUUGAAUCUGUCGAGUUCGAAGCCCUAACACUGGGAUCUCUACCACCGACCUUUCAAGGCAUGAAGGUCUACCUCACUGAGGAGAAGGAGUUGAUUAUGGAGCCUGCCUUGAAAUGGGCAGGGAAUCCUAAUGUCACAGUUGCUGUGAGAGCAUAUGGACUGAAAGCAACAGUUCAGGUUGUUGUCGAUUUGCAGGUCUUUGCUCUACCACGUAUCACCCUAAAGCCACUUGUUCCCAGUUUUCCUUGUUUUGCCACAAUCUUUGUGUCUCUUAUGGAGAAGCCGCAUGUUGACUUCGGAUUAAGGCUUGGGGGUGCUGAUCUCAUGUCGGUUCCUGGCCUGUACCGGUUUGUGCAGGAGCUCAUUAAAGAUCAAGUUGCUAACAUGUACCUGUGGCCUAAAACGCUUGAAGUGCAAAUUUUGGAUCCCACAAAAGCUAUGAAGAAGCCAGUUGGGAUCCUCCACGUAAAGGUUCUGCGGGCCCAUAAGCUAAGGAAGAAAGAUCUGUUAGGCGCAUCAGAUCCUUAUGUGAAGCUAAAGCUCACCGAAACAAAGGCUCCAUCAAAGAAGACCACAGUGAAGCACAAGAAUUUGAACCCUGAGUGGAAUGAAGAAUUCAGCAUUGUUGUUAAAGAUCCUGAGACACAAGCUUUAGAACUUAAUGUUUAUGACUGGGAGCAGGUUGGCAAACAUGACAAGAUGGGUACGAAUGUAGUCCCUCUCAAGGAGCUUCCACCCGAUGAACCAAAACAUAUGACAUUGGAUCUUCUUAAAAACAUGGACCCGAACGACGUCCAAAAUGACAAAAUGCGCGGGCAGAUUGAGCUAGAGUUGACAUAUAAGCCCUUUAAAGAGGAGGAUAUUCCGAAGGAUUUUGAAAAUUCAGGCGAGGUACAAAAGGCUCCCGAGGGCACCCCAGCCGGUGGAGGUGUAUUGGUCGUAAUUGUGCAUGAAGCUCAAGAUGUUGAAGGGAAACAUCACACUAACCCGUAUGUUCGCAUCAUAUUUAAAGGGGAAGAGCGUAAAACUAAGCAAGUAAAGAAGAACCGAGACCCGAGAUGGGAAGAGGAGUUCACAUUCAUGCUUGAAGAACCUCCAGUUAAAGACAGAAUUCAUGUGGAGGUACUUAGCACCUCCACUAGAAUCGGCCUGCUGCAUCCCAAGGAGACAUUGGGUUAUGUCGAUAUCAGCCUGGGUGAUGUAGUCAACAACAAAAGGAUAAACGAGAAGUUCCAUCUCAUAGACUCCAAGAAUGGAAGGAUACAAAUCGAACUUCAGUGGCGAACAUCGUCUUGA